AUGAAACUGACAAAAAGAGUGAUUUCUAACACAUCUAGUUUCAGCAAGAGAAUCAAAUUGGAACAUAUUGAUGUUGAGAUUGAAUCUGAAACUACCGAACUAGCCCCAAAUGUAUUUACAAAAAUAGAUCCUGAAGACAUACACAACUGUAAAGGUCCCCCAAAAUGGUCCGAAAUUUAUAAUCAACUAGUUUGGAUGAGAAGUAAAUUUCUUGCACCCGUGGACACUCAAGGCUGUGAAAGAAUGCCAAAUGCUAUCAAUGCAAACAUUAAACUUAGAAAUCCCAAAGUCUACCGUUUUCAGCUUUUGAUAUCAUUGAUGUUGUCGUCGCAAACAAAAGACGAGGUCAAUUACCAGGCCAUGAAGAACUUGCACGAGGGAUUGUUAAAAGUGCACCCAGAUGGAUUGUGUAUAGAAAGCUUACUGAAAUUGUCUGAAGCUGAAAUCGACAGUUAUAUAAAAAAAGUUGGAUUCCAUAAUCGUAAAGCACAGUAUAUUAAGAAAACAUGUUCUAUACUAAUGGAGAAUUUUGGUGGUGAUAUACCAAAAACUAUCGAAGAAAUUGUUGCGCUUCCUGGGGUGGGUCCAAAAAUGGGAUUUCUUCUUUUACAAAGUGCAUGGGGUAUAAAUGCCGGAGUUGGUGUUGAUGUUCAUUUGCACAGAUUGGCGCUAAUGUGGGGCUGGGUUUCUCAAAAGGCCAAUACACCAGAAAAAGCUCGACUUGAACUACAAGAAUGGUUGCCCAAGAAUUAUUGGGCAGAUAUCAACCCGUUGGUUGUUGGUUUCGGGCAAGUAAUCUGUGUACCACGUGCGGCAAAUUGCGAUAUUUGUUCAUUGGCCAGAGAUGGGUUAUGUAAGAAUGCAAACAAGAAGUUAUUAAGAACCCCAUUGUCUGAAGAACGGAUUAAUAAGUUGUCAAAACAAAGAGCCGAUCUUUCGCAACUACUCAAGGAGUUUAUAUAA